AUGUAGUAGUAUUACACCUUCAUUCUAUGUUCAAGUAUGGAACAAUGUGCCCAUGUUGCAUGCAUAUGUUGUUUAUUAAUGGUGGUUGUUGUCUUCCUGUCUGCCUCGGCUAUUGCUCAGACAACCAAUUCCAGUCAAGUUGGUCGUCCAGGUUGUCCCACCCGUUGUGGAAACUUGACUGUUCCUUACCCAUUCGGAAUAGGAAUAGGAAGUGGAUGUGCCCUUGAUCCCGGAUUCGAGAUAUUGUGCGACACCAAUAAUUCCAAUCCACCCAGGCCAGUCCUGAAUAGCGGAUGGGGCGGCCCACCUAUCCCAAUCCAUGACAUAUCAGAUACACAGAUAAGGGUUCCCAGUCCCCGCGUAUUUCACCGUUGCAAUGACUCCAACGGAGCAUUGAUUCGUCGUAGCCCAAACCUAAGUUGGUCCCUGGGUUUAUUAAAGUACAACCAUUACAGCCGCUCCCCUGAAAACAAGAUAACCAUCCUAGGCUGCGAUCAAACUCUGGUGAUAACCGACGAAACCAAUGCCACUGCCACUACAAAAUGCACCUCUCGAUGCACCGGUAAUGCCUCACAGAUUAUGCCGGAAAAUGGGACUUGUUCCGGCUUCGGCUGCUGCCAAUUACCCUUGCCAAAAGGCGUGAACAAGGUCUACAACAUAACCAUGAUCACAAACGCUGGGUCAGGGUCGUCCUUCAAUACCUGCGGCCACGCCUUUCUUGGAGAAACGGGUGGGUUCAGAUUCCUUGGUGCAACGGAUUUAAGUAACGCUGAUAUUGAUCAGAGGGUUCAUGAUAGUGUUACGGUUGCACUAGACUGGGCAAUUGGAAACUUGAGUUGCAAACGAGCCCACAACGCUAGUGGAUAUGCAUGCAAAGAGAAUAGCCAUUGCGUAGAUUCCGACACCGGAUUCGGAGGCUAUCGUUGCAGCUGCGAUUACGGCUAUCAAGGCAAUCCAUAUCUGGGUUGCAUAGAGGGAAUUGGAAACUUGAGUUGCAAGGAAGCGCAGAACAAAAGUGGAUAUGCAUGCCAAGCGAAUAGUCAUUGCAUAGAUUCAGACACAGGAAAGGGAGGUUACAUGUGCCGCUGUGAUGAUGGUUAUGAAGGCAACCCAUAUCUAAGUCCAGGUUGCACUGAUGUGGAUGAAUGCAAAGAUCCAGAGAAGAAUACUUGCGAACUGGGAUGCAUUAACAUUCCAGGGAGCUUCAACUGUAGUUGUCUUGAUGGGUACUACAGUGGCGAUGGUCAGAGAUGCCUUCUUAUGAACAAAAAGUCAGAUUUUCCAUGGUUAAAAUUCUUUCUAGGGAUAGGAUUGGGAGUUUUAGCCAUGGUUGCUAUAGCUACUUCAUUAUGCUAUGUCAUCAAGAAAAAAAAUCGUGCUAAAAUGAGGCUCAAGUUCUUUGAACAAAAUGGUGGUUUUUUACUGAAACAAAGGAUCACCUCAAGUGAAGGGGACAAUGACGGUGCAGACGUGACAAAAAUUUACUCUGCCAAAGAGCUUAGGGAAGCUACCAAUAACUAUGCUCAAGACAUGAUUCUGGGUCGAGGUGGAAAUGGCACUGUAUUUAAAGGAAUCUUACCCAACAUGCUUGAAGUUGCAAUUAAGAGAUCAAAAACAGUUGAUGACACUCAAGUUGAACAGUUCAUCAAUGAGGUGGUUAUUCUUUCUCGGAUCAAUCAUCGUUAUAUUGUCAAAUUCUUGGGGUGUUGCUUGGAAGCUGAAGUUCCUUUGCUAGUAUAUGAAUACAUCUCUAAUGGAACUCUGUAUCACCAUAUCCACCGCCAAGGAGGUGCAUCGGAUUGGUUGUCAUGGGAAAAUCGUUUGAGAAUUGCAAUUGAAGCUGCAGGUGCACUUGCUUAUCUUCACUCAGCUGCAUCCAUGCCUAUAAUCCACAGGGACGUCAAAUCGUCCAACAUAUUGAUAGAUGAAAACUAUACUGCAAAGGUCUCUGAUUUCGGGGCUUCCAGGUUAGUCCCUUUGGAUCGGACGCAUUUGGCAACACUAGUCCAAGGAACACUUGGUUAUUUGGAUCCAGAAUACUUCCAAACAAGCUGGUUGACAGAAAAGAGUGAUGUAUACAGUUUUGGAGUAGUCUUGGCCGAACUUUUGACAGAAAGGAAACCUGUGUCUCCAAAUAUGAGUGCGGAGGAGGAUAGAAACUUAUCCGCAUAUUUUGUUCGAUCCGUGAAUGAGAAUAGACUAUUUCAGAUUCUUGUGCCUAGGCUAGUAAUUGAGGGGACACUGGACCAAUUUGAAAGAAUGGCAAUACUUGUGAAAAGAUGCCUUCAACUUAAAGGAGAAGAUAGGCCUAAAAUGAAAGAAGUAGCCAGUGAACUUGAAAGUAUAAGAAUGUCCGCUAAGCAUUCUUGGGAGGAGCCUUCUUGUUAUGUACAUGAAGAGGAUGAACCAUCAGAUCUUUAUGCAGUUCCAAUUAGCCCAUAGAUCUUAUUACAAGGAAUCAUGUAUAAUGCCACACAUGAAGGGAUGAAAGAAUAGGAACAUAAUGUUACCCACAUGAAGAAAUUCCAAUAGUCUAGCAUAUAUGUAGGCGGCUUGGAGUUUCAUAUAUUAUUGAAC